AUGGGUGUGAGGAAAGCUGCUGUGUUGACAUUGGAUAGACUGGGGUUUCGAAAAAACGAUGAAAUGAAAGCUAUGGAUGUUUUGCCAAUUUUAAAGGAAAAAGUUGCGUACCUUUCAGGUGGCAGAGAUAAACGUGGAGGUCCCAUUCUAACAUUUCCGGCCCGCAGCAAUCACGAUAGAAUACGACAGGAGGACCUCAGGAGACUCAUUUCCUAUCUAGCCUGUAUCCCUAGUGAAGAGGUCUGCAAGCGAGGAUUCACGGUGAUCGUGGACAUGCGUGGGUCCAAAUGGGACUCCAUUAAGCCUCUGCUGAAGAUAUUGCAAGAGUCCUUUCCCUGCUGCAUUCAUGUUGCACUGAUAAUCAAGCCAGACAACUUUUGGCAGAAACAGAGGACUAAUUUUGGCAGUUCUAAAUUUGAAUUUGAGACAAAUAUGGUCUCUUUAGAAGGCCUUACCAAAGUAGUUGAUCCUUCUCAGCUAACUCCCGAGUUUGAUGGCUGCUUGGAAUACAACCAUGAAGAAUGGAUUGAAAUCAGAGUUGCUUUUGAAGACUACAUUAGCAAUGCAACCCACAUGCUCUCUCGGCUGGAGGAACUUCAGGACAUCCUAGCCAAGAAAGAAUUGCCUCAGGAUUUAGAGGGGGCUCGGAACAUGAUCGAGGAGCAUUCCCAGCUGAAGAAGAAGGUGAUUAAGGCCCCCAUAGAAGACUUGGAUUUGGAGGGACAGAAGCUGCUCCAGAGGAUUCAGAGCAGUGACAGCUUUCCCAAAAAGAACUCCGGCUCAGGCAAUGCGGACCUGCAGGGCCUCCUUCCCAAGGUGUCCGCCAUGUUGGACAGGCUGCACUCCACACGGCAGCACCUGCACCAGAUGUGGCAUGUACGAAAACUGAAGCUGGACCAGUGCUUUCAGCUGAGGCUGUUCGAGCAGGAUGCUGAGAAGAUGUUUGACUGGAUCACACACAACAAGGGCCUGUUUCUGAACAGCUACACUGAGAUUGGGACCAGCCAUCCUCAUGCGAUGGAGCUCCAGACACAGCACAACCACUUUGCCAUGAACUGUAUGAACGUGUAUGUAAAUAUAAACCGCAUAAUGUCGGUGGCAAAUCGCUUGGUAGAGUCUGGCCACUACGCCUCUCAGCAGAUUAAGCAGAUUGCGAAUCAGCUGGAGCAGGAGUGGAAGGCAUUUGCGGCAGCCCUGGAUGAGCGGAGUACCUUGCUGGACAUGUCCUCCAUUUUCCACCAGAAGGCUGAAAAGUAUAUGAGCAACGUGGAUUCAUGGUGUAAAGCCUGUGGUGAGGUAGACCUUCCCUCAGAGCUGCAGGAUCUGGAGGACGCCAUUCAUCAUCAUCAGGGAAUAUAUGAGCACAUCACUCUUGCUUAUUCUGAGGUGAGCCAGGACGGGAAGUCGCUCCUUGACAAGCUCCAGCGGCCUUUGACUCCCGGCAGCUCCGAUUCCCUGACGGCCUCCGCCAACUACUCCAAGGCCGUGCACCACGUCCUUGAUGUCAUCCACGAGGUGCUGCACCACCAGCGGCAGCUGGAAAACAUCUGGCAGCACCGCAAGGUCCGGCUCCACCAGCGGCUGCAGCUCUGUGUGUUCCAGCAAGACGUGCAGCAGGUGCUGGACUGGAUUGAGAACCAUGGAGAAGCAUUUCUGAGCAAACAUACGGGUGUGGGGAAAUCUCUUCAUCGGGCCAGAGCUUUGCAGAAACGUCAUGAAGAUUUCGAAGAAGUAGCACAGAAUACAUAUACCAACGCGGAUAAGUUACUAGAGGCAGCAGAACAACUGGCUCAGACCGGGGAAUGUGACCCAGAAGAGAUUUAUCAGGCUGCCCAUCAGCUUGAAGACCGGAUACAAGAUUUUGUUCGGCGCGUGGAGCAGCGCAAGAUCCUGCUGGACAUGUCCGUGUCCUUUCAUAGCCACGUCAAGGAGCUGUGGACAUGGCUGGAGGAGCUACAGAAGGAGCUGCUGGAUGACGUGUACGCCGAGUCGGUGGAGGCCGUGCAAGACCUCAUCAAGCGCUUUGGCCAGCAGCAGCAGACGACCCUGCAAGUGACCGUCAACGUGAUCAAGGAAGGCGAGGACCUCAUCCAGCAGCUGAGGGACUCGGCCAUCUCCAGCAAUAAGACCCCCCACAACAGCUCCAUCAGCCACAUCGAGACGGUGCUGCAGCAGCUGGACGAGGCCCAGGCCCAGAUGGAGGAGCUCUUCCAGGAGCGCAAGAUCAAGCUGGAGCUCUUCCUGCAGCUGCGCAUAUUCGAGCGGGACGCCAUCGAUAUCAUCUCAGACCUUGAGUCUUGGAACGAUGAGCUUUCUCAGCAAAUGAACGACUUUGACACGGAAGAUCUCACGAUAGCAGAACAACGCCUCCAGCACCAUGCAGACAAAGCUCUGACCAUGAACAACUUGACCUUCGAUGUCAUCCACCAAGGGCAGGACCUUUUGCAGUACGUCAAUGAAGUGCAGGCUUCGGGUGUGGAGCUGCUUUGCGAUAGAGAUGUCGACAUGGCAACUCGGGUCCAGGACCUGUUGGAGUUCCUUCAUGAAAAGCAGCAGGAGCUAGAUUUAGCAGCGGAACAGCAUCGGAAGCACCUGGAACAAUGUGUGCAGCUUCGCCACCUGCAGGCUGAAGUGAAACAGGUGCUGGGCUGGAUCCGCAACGGAGAGUCGAUGCUGAACGCUGGGCUCAUCACGGCCAGCUCGUUACAAGAGGCAGAGCAGCUGCAGAGGGAGCACGAGCAGUUCCAGCACGCCAUCGAGAAGACACAUCAGAGCGCCCUGCAGGUGCAGCAGAAGGCAGAAGCCAUGCUGCAGGCCAAUCACUACGACAUGGACAUGAUCCGGGACUGUGCCGAGAAGGUGGCCUCUCACUGGCAGCAGCUCAUGCUCAAGAUGGAAGACCGCCUCAAGCUCGUGAAUGCGUCUGUCGCCUUCUACAAAACCUCAGAGCAGGUCUGCAGUGUCCUCGAGAGCUUGGAGCAGGAGUACAAGAGAGAAGAGGACUGGUGUGGAGGAGCCGACAAGCUGGGCCCCAACUCAGAGACGGACCACGUCACCCCAAUGAUCAGCAAGCACUUGGAGCAAAAGGAAGCAUUCCUGAAGGCUUGCACACUUGCUAGAAGGAAUGCAGAUGUCUUCCUGAAGUACCUGCAUAGGAACAGUGUGAACAUGCCUGGAAUGGUGACCCAUAUCAAAGCCCCUGAACAACAAGUGAAAAAUAUCUUGAAUGAACUCUUCCAGCGGGAGAACAGGGUAUUGCAUUACUGGACCAUGAGAAAGAGACGGCUAGACCAGUGCCAGCAGUAUGUGGUCUUUGAACGAAGUGCCAAGCAGGCUCUAGAAUGGAUCCAUGACAACGGGGAGUUCUACCUUUCCACACAUACCUCCACGGGCUCAAGCAUACAGCACACCCAAGAGCUACUGAAAGAGCACGAGGAGUUUCAGAUCACCGCAAAGCAAACCAAAGAGAGAGUGAAGCUAUUGAUCCAGCUGGCUGAUGGCUUUUGUGAAAAAGGGCAUGCCCAUGCAGCAGAGAUAAAAAAAUGUGUGACUGCAGUGGAUAAGAGGUACAGAGAUUUCUCUCUGCGGAUGGAGAAGUACAGGACCUCUUUGGAGAAAGCCCUGGGGAUUUCUUCAGAUUCCAACAAAUCGAGCAAAAGUCUUCAGCUAGACAUAAUCCCCGCCAGUGUCCCUGGGUCGGAGGUGAAGCUUCGUGAUGCUGCUCAUGAACUUAACGAAGAGAAACGGAAGUCGGCCCGCAGAAAAGAGUUCAUCAUGGCUGAGCUAAUUCAAACUGAAAAGGCUUAUGUAAGAGACCUCCGCGAGUGUAUGGAUACGUACCUGUGGGAAAUGACCAGCGGGGUGGAGGAGAUCCCGGCCGGCAUCGUAAACAGAGAGCUUGUUAUCUUCGGGAACAUGCAGGAAAUCUAUGAAUUUCAUAAUAACAUAUUCCUUAAAGAGCUGGAAAAAUACGAGCAGUUGCCAGAGGACGUUGGACAUUGCUUUGUUACUUGGGCAGACAAGUUUCAGAUGUAUGUCACCUAUUGCAAAAAUAAGCCUGAUUCUACUCAGCUGAUACUAGAACAUGCGGGAUCCUACUUUGAUGAAAUACAGCAGCGGCAUGGAUUAGCCAAUUCCAUCUCUUCUUACCUUAUUAAGCCAGUUCAGCGAAUAACAAAGUAUCAACUUCUUUUAAAAGAGCUACUCACUUGCUGUGAGGAAGGAAAAGGGGAGAUAAAAGAUGGCCUCGAGGUGAUGCUCAGUGUGCCAAAGCGAGCCAACGAUGCCAUGCACCUCAGCAUGCUGGAAGGGUUUGAUGAAAAUAUUGAGUCUCAGGGAGAACUCAUCCUGCAGGAAUCCUUCCAAGUGUGGGACCCAAAAACCUUAAUUCGAAAGGGUCGAGAACGGCAUCUCUUCCUUUUUGAAAUGUCCUUAGUAUUUAGUAAAGAAGUGAAAGAUUCCAGUGGCAGAAGCAAGUACCUUUAUAAAAGCAAAUUGUUUACCUCAGAGUUGGGUGUCACAGAACACGUUGAAGGAGAUCCUUGCAAAUUUGCACUGUGGGUGGGGAGGACGCCAACCUCAGAUAAUAAAAUUGUCCUUAAGGCUUCCAGUAUAGAAAACAAGCAGGACUGGAUAAAGCACAUCCGUGAAGUAAUACAGGAAAGGACUAUUCACCUGAAGGGAGCCCUGAAGGAGCCCAUUCACAUCCCCAAGACGGCGCCAGCCACGAGGCAGAAGGGAAGGAGGGAUGGAGAGGACCUGGAUAGCCAGGGCGAUGGGAGCAGCCAGCCGGACACAAUUUCCAUCGCCUCACGGACGUCUCAGAACACACUGGACAGUGAUAAGCUCUCUGGUGGCUGCGAGCUGACAGUGGUGAUCCACGACUUCACCGCCUGCAACAGCACAGAGCUGACCAUCCGCCGUGGCCAGACCGUGGAGGUUUUGGAGCGGCCCCACGACAAGCCUGACUGGUGUCUGGUGCGGACCACCGACCGGUCCCCUGCUGCAGAAGGCCUGGUUCCCUGCGGCUCUCUAUGCAUCGCCCACUCGAGAAGUAGCAUGGAAAUGGAGGGCAUCUUCAACCACAAAGACUCGCUGUCCGUCUCCAGUAACGACGCCAGCCCGCCGGCCUCAGUGGCUUCUCUGCAGCCCCACAUGAUGGGGGCCCAGAGCUCCCCAGGGCCCAAGCGGCCCGGAAACACGCUGCGCAAGUGGCUGACGAGCCCGGUGCGGCGGCUGAGCAGCGGGAAGGCCGAUGGGCACGUCAAGAAGCUGGCGCACAAGCACAAGAAGAGCAGGGAGGUCCGCAAGAGCGCCGACGCCGGCUCGCAGAAGGACUCGGACGACAGCGCGGCCACUCCGCAGGAUGAGACCGUCGAAGAGAGAGGCCGGAAUGAGGGCCUGAGCAGUGGCACGCUCUCGAAGUCCUCAUCAUCCGGCAUGCAGAGCUGCGGAGAGGAAGAAGGGGAGGAGGGGGCCGACGCCGUGCCUCUCCCCCCGCCCAUGGCCAUCCAGCAACACAGCCUGCUCCAGCCGGAUUCACAGGACGACAAGGCCUCUUCUCGGUUAUUAGUCCGCCCCACCAGCUCCGAAACUCCGAGUGCAGCUGAGCUUGUGAGUGCAAUUGAAGAACUCGUGAAAAGCAAGAUGGCACUGGAGGAUCGCCCCAGCUCGCUCCUUGUUGACCAGGGAGACAGUAGCAGCCCCUCCUUCAACCCUUCAGACAACUCCCUCCUGUCCUCCUCCUCGCCCAUUGAUGAGAUGGAAGAAAGGAAAUCCAGCUCUCUAAAGAGACGGCACUAUGUUUUGCAAGAACUCGUGGAGACAGAGCGUGACUAUGUGCGGGACCUUGGCUGUGUGGUUGAGGGCUACAUGGCUCUUAUGAAGGAAGAUGGUGUUCCUGAUGACAUGAAAGGAAAGGACAAGAUUGUAUUUGGCAAUAUCCAUCAGAUUUAUGACUGGCACAGAGAUUUUUUUUUAGGAGAGUUGGAGAAGUGCCUUGAAGAUCCGGAAAAACUAGGAUCCCUUUUUGUUAAACAUGAGAGAAGGUUGCACAUGUAUAUAGUUUAUUGUCAAAAUAAACCAAAGUCUGAGCACAUUGUCUCAGAAUACAUUGAUACCUUUUUUGAGGACUUAAAGCAGCGUCUGGGCCACAGGCUGCAGCUCACAGAUCUGUUAAUCAAACCAGUGCAGAGGAUCAUGAAGUACCAGCUGCUACUGAAGGACUUCCUCAAGUAUUCCAAAAAAGCUAGCCUGGAUACGUCAGAAUUAGAGAGAGCCGUGGAAGUCAUGUGCAUAGUCCCCAAGCGGUGCAACGACAUGAUGAAUGUGGGGCGGCUGCAAGGAUUUGACGGUAAAAUUGUUGCCCAGGGCAAGCUGCUCUUGCAGGACACAUUCUUGGUCACAGACCAAGACUCGGGACUUCUGCCUCGCUGUAAAGAGAGGCGGGUUUUCCUCUUUGAACAGAUCGUCAUUUUCAGUGAACCACUUGAUAAAAAAAAGGGCUUCUCAAUGCCAGGAUUCCUGUUUAAGAACAGCAUCAAGGUGAAUUGCCUUUGCCUGGAGGAAAAUGUGGAAAAUGAUCCGUGUAAAUUUGCUCUGACAUCGAGGACGGGGGGUGUGGUGGAGACCUUCAUUUUGCAUUCAUCCAGUCCAAGUGUCCGGCAAACAUGGAUUCAUGAAAUCAACCAAAUUUUAGAAAACCAGCGCAAUUUUUUAAAUGCCUUGACAUCACCAAUCGAGUAUCAGAGGAACCACAGCGGGGGCCGCCGCCGCCGCGCCGCCCGCCGCCGCCGCCGCCGCCGCCCAGGCGGCGGGGCCCCCAGCGGCGGUGGCGGGGCCCCCAGCGGCGGAGGCGGCAACCCCAGCGGCGGCCCCGGCAGCUGCAGCGGGCUCCCCAGCUCGAGCAGAAGCAGACCCUCCCGGAUUCCCCAGCCUGUCAGACACCACUCCCCCGUGCUGGUCUCCUCUGCAGCCUCGAGCCAGGCAGAGGCAGACAAGAUGUCAGGUAUGUCCACUCCCGGCCCUGCACCGCCCCUUCCCGGCAGCAGCCCCGCCCCGGAGGCCGGCCUUGGCCAGCCCGGCAGGCGGGCCCCGGGAGAGCCCGAAGGCCCCGAGCAAGACGCCGCCACCGAGCGCAUCCCCAAGAUGAAGGUCAUUGAGAGCCCCAGGAAGUCCUCGGGGAGUGCCGCAGCAGGCGCCGGCCGCGAUGCGGACGCCAAGGAGGCACGGGCCAACCCGGAGGACAGCCGCUCGCGGAGCAGCCUGGGCUCGCUGCCCCUGGGAAAGCCCAGGCCCGGGGCCGUCUCGCCUCUGAACUCUCCUGUGGCCAGCGCGUUCCCUUCUCCGAUCGGCAAGGAGCCCUUUCCCCCCAGCAGCCCCCUGCAGAAGGGGGGCUCCUUCUGGAGCUCCAUCCCCGCCUCCCCCGCCAGCCGGCCGGGCUCCUUCACCUUCCCGGGGGACAGUGACUCCCUCCAGCGGCAGGCGCAGCGCCAUGCGGCCCCCGCCAAGGACACGGACCGCAUGAGCACGUGCUCCUCGGCCAGCGAGCAGUCCGUGCAGUCCACGCAGAGCAACGGGAGUGAAAGUAGCAGCAGUAGCAACAUCUCCACCAUGUUGGUGACACACGAUUACACGGCAGUGAAGGAGGAUGAGAUAAACGUCUAUCAAGGAGAGGUCGUUCAAAUUCUGGCCAGCAAUCAACAGAACAUGUUUCUGGUGUUCCGAGCCGCCACUGACCAGUGCCCCGCAGCCGAGGGCUGGAUUCCAGGCUUCGUCCUGGGGCAUACCAGUGCAGUCAUCAUGGAGAACCCCGAUGGGACUCUCAAGAAGUCAACAUCUUGGCACACAGCACUCCGUUUAAGGAAAAAAUCUGAGAAAAAAGAUAAAGACGGCAAGCGGGAAGGCAAGUUAGAGAACGGUUAUCGGAAGUCGCGGGAGGGGCUCAGCAACAAGGUAUCUGUGAAGCUUCUCAAUCCCAACUACAUAUAUGACGUUCCCCCAGAAUUCGUCAUUCCCUUGAGUGAGGUCACGUGUGAGACAGGGGAGACCGUUGUUCUUAGAUGUCGAGUUUGUGGCCGCCCCAAGGCCUCGAUCACCUGGAAGGGCCCUGAACACAACACCUUGAACAACGACGGUCACUACAGCAUCUCCUACAGUGACUUGGGAGAGGCCACUCUGAAGAUUGUCGGCGUGACCACAGAAGAUGAUGGCAUCUACACGUGCAUCGCCGUGAACGACAUGGGUUCAGCCUCGUCUUCAGCCAGUCUGAGGGUGCUGGGUCCAGGGAGUGAUGGGAUCAUGGUGACCUGGAAAGACAACUUUGACUCCUUCUACAGCGAAGUGGCUGAGCUUGGCAGGGGCAGAUUCUCUGUCGUUAAGAAAUGUGAUCAGAAAGGAACCAAACGAGCAGUGGCCACUAAGUUUGUGAACAAGAAGCUGAUGAAACGUGACCAGGUCACCCAUGAGCUUGGAAUCCUGCAGAACCUCCAGCACCCGCUGCUUGUUGGCCUCCUUGAUACCUUCGAGACCCCCACCAGCUACGUCCUGGUGUUAGAAAUGGCUGACCAGGGGCGUCUCCUGGACUGUGUGGUGCGAUGGGGAAACCUCACCGAAGGGAAGAUCAGGGCGUAUCUGGGGGAGGUUCUGGAAGCCGUCCGAUACCUUCACAACUGCAGGAUAGCACACCUGGACCUAAAGCCUGAAAACAUUCUGGUGGAUCAGAGUUUGGCCAAGCCAACGAUUAAACUGGCUGAUUUUGGAGAUGCUGUCCAACUCAACACGACCUACUACAUCCACCAGUUAUUGGGGAACCCCGAGUUUGCAGCCCCCGAAAUCAUCCUUGGGAACCCCAUCUCCCUGACCUCGGAUACAUGGAGUGUCGGAGUGCUCACAUAUGUGCUUCUCAGCGGCGUGUCCCCCUUCCUCGACGACAGCGUGGAGGAGACCUGCCUGAACAUUUGCCGACUAGACUUUAGUUUCCCAGAGGACUGCUUUAAAGGAGUGAGCCAGAAGGCCAAGGAGUUCGUGUGUUCCCUCCUGCAAGAGGACCCUGCCAAGCGUCCCUCGGCUGCACUAGCCCUCCAGGAGCAGUGGCUGCAGGCGGGCCACGGCAGUGGCAAGGGGGCGGGCGUCCUCGACACGUCCAGACUGACUUCCUUCAUUGAGCGGCGCAAACACCAGAACGAUGUUCGACCUAUCCGUAGCGUUCAAAACUUCUUACAGAGCAGGCUUUUGCCUAGAGUUUGACCUAUCUUGAAGUUCUUUCUCAUUCUCUUUCACCUGCCAAUCAGCUGUUAAUUUGAAUUUUGAAGAGAAACACACACCAACAGAACUGAUCAGCUGCCGUAUGUUCAUCGUGUGACAUGGGGCUCCGAGUGAGCUGAGCUCGGCAGUGCCUGGGACUCGGGAGCACGCUGUGCUGGGGUGGAGGACCUUCUUGUACACUCUUCGUGAGCGGACACAGCAUUGCUGUACCACAGUCUUUUAUUCAGGUUUCUGCAAAAAAUAAAAAGAAACUUUUUUAAAUGAACAUGAAUAGAAUUUUGCAAAUUUAACAUUUUCCAAGAUUUAUUCAAGGAAACGAAAUGCCUAUGUUCAACCACUGGUCUUCACGAACAAAACAGAGAUACUGGACCCCUCUGGGGAGGACUCACCCUCGCGGUGGCCAUCCCCGCGGCCUCGUCCAGAGCUCAGGGUCCACCUGGCUCUGAGCCCUUCCAGCUGCCGGGUCUGCGUGCGUCUCGCGGGGACGCCAGACUGGGCUCCUGAAACGUGCAUUCAACCUCAGACUUUUGCAUAAAAAUAGAAUGAAUCGUUCUGCUCUGAUGAAAUGUAGGCCUUACUUGUAUAUAAGACUGGUCCUGCCUUCGGUCUGUCCUUUCCCCUCCUGCUCCCCAGCCGCUGCCCAGGGCUUCCUCUGGGGGAGGUCAGAGGGCUCUGCGCAUCCACCAAGGACAUCAAGUUGGGUCCCACCCCGAGCCCUAGGGGUGGCCUCCCCGUG